AUGUCUCGAACACGCCAGCCUCUGUCUUCCCGAUCCCUGCCCCAGACGACAACGGAAACCCGCGAUUCUUCCACUCUUCGUGUUUCGGGGACUCUCCGACUAAGAGGCGAGGACGCCUCGUCGACUAGCGCCGAGCCCUCUCCCGCUCGCCACAUCCGAUGGAGUGAGGAUGUCGUUGAUAAUGAAGGGAUGGGGAAGAAAAGCUCGAAGGUGUGCUGUAUCUACCACAAAUCCAGACCCGUGGGCGAGAGUAGCUCCGAAUCGGAGUCCUCGGAUUCCAGCUCGUCGGAUUCGGACAGCGACAACGACCUGGGUCCUCGCAUGAACCGGGCAAACCAUGCGCGCCACUCACUCCCUCGCGGGCGAGGACCAGCACCUGGACGGCCAUCAGAAGGGUCCUCGGGUCAGGGUCGCGACGCUUGUUGUCCAGAACAUCACAAACAGAAAAGCAAGAAGAGGAAGCCGAGCCCAAAUGCGUACGAGAAAAUGCCUAAACCGUCUAAAAGCCAUUCGCAUGGCACCUGA